AUGGGAGGACAAGGAAACUUCCAAAAUCGAGGCUUUAACCAGAAUUUCAGGAAUCACCCUAAUCUGUCCUAUAGGAGCAACAAUGUCGAGAACCCCCAGGAUCAGGUCUAUCCAACGCUACCUCAGCAGAAUAACUUUGCACAGGGCUUCCAGAACAAGAGUACAGGCUUUGGUGGAUCGAAUUUUCAGCAGAAACCUCAGGUCAACAACUUCACACAAGGGUAUCAAGCGGUUGCACUGCAUGCAGCAGUCCCACUGGAGAGGAAAUUGGAGCAGAUGAUGCAUGCUUUGAUGGAAAACCAGAAGAAAAACGCAACUGAGGUAAAUGUCAAGAUCGACAGCAUGUACUCUGAGCUGAAUGGGAGAAUCGAGUCCUUGAACUCUCACAUGAGAGUAUUGGAGAAUCAAGUGGCACAGUCCGCAGCAAGGGUCAAGGCACCUCCAGGGACACUUCCAGGGAAAAAUGAGGCUAAUCCAAAAGAAUAUGAAAACAACCCUGACGAAAUUCUUAACAACACUCCUGAUGAUGUUGUUAUACCGGGUUCAACAGUUUAUGAAGGAGAGCAACCCAGCGGAUCCCAACGACCCUAUGCACCCAUAAUACCUUUCCCCACUCGCCGCAAGACCAAGAUUCAAGAGCGAGAAUAUGAGAAGCUGAAAUCAGUUGUGGGAGAGCUUCAGGUUAGACUCCCUUUCAUCGAAGCAGUAAGGAUGGUUCCAUCUCUCAAGAAGUAUAUGAAAGAGAUCCUCACCGACAAGCUUAGUCUGGAGAAAGGAGUGAUGUACCUCACACAGGAGUGCAGUUCUAUGCUCCAAAAUCGAAUGCCUGAAAAAUGUGGAGAUCCUGGACCAUUUACUCUGCCUUGCACGAUAGGAGAUCUCAAAUUCAACAAAUGCCUCUGCGAUCUAGGAGCGAGCGUGAGCCUUAUGCCACUCAGCGCUGCGACGCGACUUGGCCUCUACACCUUUAAACCGACCCAAGUCACCCUUGUCCUUGCUGAUCGUUCCACUCGACGUCCAGAAGGAGUAUUGGAGAACCUGCCAGUGCAGAUUGGGAACUGCAACAUUCCUACUGAUUUCAUUGUUUUGAAACUUGAUGAGGAGUCCCAAGAACCGAUUCUACUUGGAAGACCCUUCUUGGCCACGGCUGGUGCGAUGAUAAACGUCAAGGAGGGAAAAAUCGAUUUGCACAUGGAUGAUCUGAUUUUGAGAUUCAACCUGGAGAAACCAGCUAAGAAACCUACGAUCGAUGGUCAAACCUUCUGGGUUGAUACAAUAGGCGAAAUAGCUGAUGAAAUCUAUGAUGAAGUGUGUAUAAGUGAUCAUCUGGCUGUCGCAUUGACGAAGAAGGAACCAGAGCUAGGAUAUAUGUUUGAGGAGACUAAGAACUUGGGCAGAACACUCGAUGCUGCAGCAGUUCUGAAACAUGAAGUCCUAUUCGUCACUCUACAAAUUGGACUGACUGAUCUGCAAACUGGACUGACUGAUCCAGCUCCUCCUGUGGAAACACCCGAUAAGGGCAAUGGAUUGACCGUUCCAGGCGACAGGUCAGCUGAUCCCAAAACUUGCUCUGGAACCAAAUCGAGUCAGGAGGAUUGGAGCGAACUCAAGGCUCCAAACUUGGACUUAAAACCACUCCCUGAAGGGCUAAGGUACGCUUAUCUUGGACCUAACUCCACAUAUCCUGUUAUCAUUAAUUCUAACCUAAACAAUGUUGAAAAAGCACUCUUGAUCUGCGAGUUAAGAAAAUAUAUGAAGGCCUUGGGCUAUUCCUUAGAUGACAUUUCAGGUAUAUCACCGGAGUUAUGCUCGCAUCAGAUUCACCUUGAAGAUCCAUCUAAGUCGUCCAUCGAACAUCAAAGGAGGCUAAAUCUGAACCUCAAGGAAGUGGUGAAGAAGGAGAUCCUUAAACUAUUGGGAGCCGGGGUGAUUUUCCCAAUCUCUGACAGCACUUGGGUGAGCCCAGUCCAUGUAGUGCUGAAAAAAGUAGGGAUGACAGUGGUUGCAAAUGAGAAGAACGAGUUGAUCCCCACCAGGACGGUAACAGGGCAUCGCAUAGGAAUAGAGGUCGACAAAGCCAAGAUAGAAGUGAUGUCCAGUCUACAACCUCCAAAAACCGUUAAAGACAUACGCAAUUUCCUUGGCCAUGCUGGGUUUUAUCGACGGUUCAUAAAGGAUUUCUCCAAGAUAGCCAGACCACUUACUCAGCUACUGUGCAAAGACAUCUCCUUUGAGUUUACUGCAGGCUGUAUGGAGGCUUUCCUAACAAUCAAACAAGCACUGAUCUCGGCUCCAAUAGUCCAACCACCCGAUUGGGAUCUGCCAUUCGAAGUUAUGUGCGAUGCAAGUGAUUUUGCUGUUGGAGCAGUUCUGGGACAACGCAAGGAUGGUAAGUUGCAUGUUAGUUACUACGCUAGCAGGACACUCGAUGGGACACAGACCAAGUACGCCACAACAGAAAAGGAAUUACUCGCCAUAGUCUUUGCCUUUGAAAAAUUCAAGUCCUAUCUGGUCGGAUCCAAGGUUAUUGUGCACAAGGAUCAUGCCGCACUGCGCUACUUGUUGACAAAAAAAGAUGCUAAACCGAGACUGCUGCGAUGGAUACUACUUCUGCAGGAGUUCGAUCUUGAGAUAAGGGACAAGAAGGGGAUCGAGAAUGACGUUGCAGACCACCUUUCUAGGCUGAGAAUCGAUGAAGAGAUCCCCAUAGAUGACCGACUACCUGAGGAGAAUGCGUAUAUAGGUAAUGAUUCACCAUGGUAUGCCGAUAUCGCAAACUACUUGUGUGCUGCAGAAGAACCUCCGAAUUUCACUGGAUAUGCUAAGAAGAAGUUCCUACGAUAUGUGCAACGCUACUUCUGGGAUGAACCUUUUCUUUAUAAGCAUUGUGCUGAUGGCCUCUACAGGAGAUGUGUUCCAGAAUUAGAAGUGCAGGGCAUACUUUUUCACUGUCACGGUUCUAACUACGCGGGACACUUCACUACCUUCAAAACCGCGACAAAAGAGCUCCAAACAGGCCUCUGGUGGCCCACUUUAUUCCGAGAUGCACACGACUUUGUCUCCCGAUGCGACUCUUGCCAGCGACGUGGGAACAUCAGCAAGCAGAACGAGAUGCCACAAAACUUUAUCUUGGAGAUCGAGGUGUUUGACUGUUGGGGAAUCGACUUCAUGGGGCCUUUUCCAUCUUCUUAUGGAAAUCUCUACAUACUUGUUGCAGUGGAUUACGUUUCUAAAUGGGUUAAAGCUGUUGCAAGUCCUACUUAUGAUUCGAAGGUAGUCCUCAAGAUGUUCAAGCACAUAAUUUUUCCACGGUUUGGUGUUCCUAGGGUGGUAAUAAGCAACGGGGGCACUCACUUUAUCAACAAGCUUUUUGCAAACCUUCUGCGAAAACAUGGCGUGACACACAAGGUUGCUACCCCUUACCAUCCGCAGACUAGUGGGCAGGUCGAGAUCUCUAAUCGAGAAAACAAAUGCAUCUUGGAGAAGACAGUUAACUCAACCAGAAAGGAUUGGUCCUUGAAACUCGAUGAAGCACUAUGGGCGUAUCGGACUGCUUACAAGACACCCAUCGGCACUACCCCUUUCCGGUUGGUUUAUGGGAAGUCAUGUCACUUGCCUGUCGAGUUUGAGUAUCAUUCCUUAUGGGCGACUAAGCAGAUGAACUUCAACGUCAAGACCACGGCAGAAAGAUGCCUUAUUCAGCUGAAUGAGGUUGAUGAAAUUCGCAUGGAUGCUUAUGAGAACACCAAGAUAUACAAGGAGAGGACCAAAGCCAUACACGACAAAAAGAUUAUCCCCAGAAAUUUUGCUGCGAAUAAUUUGGUCCUUCUUUUCAACUCAAGGCUGAAGAUUUUUCCUGGGAAGCUGCGUUCUCGUUGGUCCGGACCUUUUCGAAUCAGGGAAGUCAUGCCUUAUGGUGCUGUUGUGCUUUGGGACCAAGAGGGCAAAGAAUUCACUGUCAAUGGCCAACGUCUUAAACCGUACCUAGCGGAGUAUGAUCCGAUUGAGACCUCCCUCCCUCUGGAAGACCACAAGCUGUUUAGGCAGCAAGAACAGUCAGGCUCGAGACUCUAA